UCGCCUUGUAAAAGAUUCGCAGAAUCGCAGAUUUUAGGCGAAGUGCAAGGAGGAGAAAGCAAAAACGUUCGUGAGAAAGUGGUAAAAGUUGGUGAAUAAUCCAAAUUUCCCGUGUUUGGCUGCAAAUUUCCACCCCACAAUCGGAUACACAUCUUUGUGAUCGCGAUUUCCUGCUCGCUAGGUUUAAACCAGUAGUUCCAUUAAUCCUGUGGCUGAGCAGCUAGUCGGAGCGCAGUAACAUUUCCCCGGGAGGCGCUUGUAAGGGUGCCCAUCUGUGGUCGAGUGCAAACCGAAGGCCGUACCAGGAGCCGUUUUUUUCUUUGUGAACCGUGUGCCGAAAAUCAGUCAAAAUUAACCCGGAAUCGAGAGUGCGUAAAAUGUCCCUCAACACGGACUCGCCGGAUGCAAAGAAACCGUGCAAAGGUAUCCUCAAAUCAUCGAGUAGCUUUGACAAGCACACUGCAGCACCGGUCGCUUCGUCAAGCAAUCACCGGAAGAGUGCCAAAUUCGAUGAGUUGAAUGUGCUGCAGACGUACCAUCCGGCGGAUAAGGACUACGGCCACAUGAAGGUGGACGAGCCUAAGACCCCGUUCAAUUAUGUGGAGGAACUAGAUUUUGAUCAGCUGGAUGCGGAGUUACUAGCGGAGAAACUUCGUGAGGCGGUAAACUCUCGCGGUGACUCAGUCUCCGAAGAGGAAGCGGAAUCGUCCGAGGAAGAGGAGGAAGAAAUCUCGGAGGAGCAGAAAAAACGAAAACUGGAUUUCGAACGGCGCCGGAAAGCGCACUACAAUGAGUUCGAAGCGAUCAAGCUGGCUAGGAAGCUGAUCGAAGAGGAGCACGAGGAUGAUGAGGAUGAUGAAGACGACGCGUCACUGUCGCAGGCGGCAGCCGCGGCCGCAGUCAACAGUAGUAAAGCCACCGAGGGGCAAAAGAUGGAGGUCGAGGAGCUGGACGAGGUUGACAGGAAGAAUGGGGAGCCGGCGCCUAGCAGCAGUCGCGUAACUACAGGUACUGAUCAGGCCGAUCAAGUUUAGGAUUAAAUCAUCUUCCCGGUGGGCGCGAGCAGGGAGAGCAAAAUUUUUUUUCUCAUUCGGGUACGCUCUGUUUUGGGGCUUCGAGCGUAUCACUAGAAACGGAUCGAAAAAAUUAUAUAUACAGUUUGGAACAUAGAGCUAAAUUAUUGCAAACGCAUUUUAGAACCAUAAACAUUCGUCUAAUUUUGACAAAAAACAGUUUUGAUUUGCAAACUAACGGCUUUUAUCGCUAUUUUUCUUAUCUAUUUCUUUUCUUUUUUCUCUCGUUCUAAAUGUUUUUGUUAUUGACAAUGUGCGUUUGUAACUCAUUGAAGCCUGCCCGGUAAUUGUCCGAGUCGAUACAGACUGCGAAUUUGGCAGUUUAACGGAUUUUGUGACUUCAUCGCGGCAGGUUUCCCGAAAGUCGGUUAUAUCAUCCAUUCUUAUCAUCUCGGCUGUUUUAACUCUUGUGUCCAUGUUUUGUCUAGGCAUUUUGUACAUUUUAUUUUAAAUACUGACUUUCGGCUUCAAAAUUUCCCAUCCUUCUGUGAGGUUACUAACCGAAUAUUAAAUUAACAUUCUUAUUCGGCCUUUCAAAUUCAAACUUACAGAUUAAUAUUUAUUUUGUUUAGCGUAAUAAAUCAAACUGUUUUGUCAGUUUCUAUGACAAACGAUAAUACGCUUCAGAAACAGUAUAAAUUUUCCAGCUUGCUGCUCACGGUUUUAUCUGUCCCCUUUUCUGCAAUGAGCGCUUGUAUCCAGGCACGAAUCGGAAUUUGAAUAGUGUUGAAAGAUUUCCCAGCAAACAAAGAACUUCAUGUUUCAACUUCCUUUUUAGAGUAAGUAAAAAAAGAUGAAACUAAUCUGGUAGCGAAUAGUUCCUUUUUUAUAAUUGUUGCUAGUGUUCAGUGCGUUUAGGUUUAUAGCAGAGUCAGCAGGUUUUCAAAAGAAUCUUAAAACUAGGAAGCUACGAAAAUCAUAAAAAUCAUGUAUGCCGAAGCAGUCUCGUUUUGCUGGCUGUAUUGGUCACUUUUGAGUUCAUGGUCGAAAAAUCAACACGCCUAAAAUCGCUUUUAAAUGUUUGUUCAUUAGAAUGUUGCACAUCGUGACGACAAAAGUAUAGGUUUUUAUCUUGCAAGCAAUGUAAAAAGCAUCAUAUGAAGGAAUAAAAAAAAAACGCAAACCACAGUCAGCCAAACAACGUUUUAAACAUGAUAGUUGAUGUUACUGAGCAAACAGAUCAAUAGCAUCAAAAGCAAGUGAAGCAAUCCAAAACAAUUUACUAAUGCGCUGUAACAUUUAUAUAGAGAAAGUGGUUUAAUCCAUUAGAAACCCAAGCAAGUCGUAUAUUAGCUACCUAUAUAAGAUAGAGUGAACUCUUAAGUUUAAGAAAAAAGCAGCAUCAAAUAAACGUUUUAAAUAUAAAAAAAUAAACAAGAAAUGUAAUCAAAAAAUAAAUACUAAAUUACAGAGUAAAAAAGAGUUAGCAUAAAAUCAUUACCCAUCGAACGUUCGGUUCAAAAGCCAAUCUCUCCGCAAUCGUAUAGGAAGAUUGCCGGCACCCCUUACGCGUUCUUGCAGGCACGGAUGGCAUCUACAAAAAAACCUUUCCUCUCAAUUUUUGCUUUCCCAAAUUGAUAAGUAGCGCAAGUACCGCAGGAGCAGAAGAAUAUUUAUAGAGAGUAGAAUUUUGAUCUUAACUAAUUUAUUACUUUUGUAGAUCUUUUCUGGCUGUAAAGAUGCGAGCAGAAGUGAAGGUUUAGAUUGUAGAGAGCUUUUAUGAUCUAUUGUGAAUCACACACACAUUCUGUUUAGAAGCUGAAGUGAUGCAUCACUACUUAUAUUUUAUUCGGGUUUUCUUUACUUUCGUCCUUCAAUAAGCUUCGCUCGUUUAUGGUAUUUGCCAGCGGCAAGCCAGUUGAGAGAACACAGAAAAAGAGUAAUUAAGAUGUGAGGAAGUUAUGUUAACGAAUUGUGAAUAUAGUUGCUAACCAGCAAUUGUGAGACAUUCGAUAAUACCAGAUAGCAGAUGGGUGAGCUGAUAUUGGUUAUAACUAGAGGAAGAGCAAAACUAUUCAACAAUUGAAAACGAAUAAAAAUUAAAUGAUUGGUAACCAGUUUA